AUGACUGCGACUAAGGCGACGGCAACGGCGGCUGCCCCAGCGGCUGCAGUAGAGUUUCCGACCUUGACGGAGCUAAAGCAUUCCAUUCCCAACUCGUGCUUCGAGUCGGAUGCCGGCGCCUCGCUCUACUACGUUGCACGGUCUGUGGCGUUGACAGCCGCUCUCAUGACUGGCCUCACCUACGCUCGCGCUGCUGUGGCCGACUGGCUGGUGCUGGACGUUGCCGUGUCCCUAGCGUACGUGUACGUGCAAGGUGUUGUGUUCUGGGGCGUGUUCACCAUCGGUCAUGAUUGCGGCCACAGUUCGUUUUCUCGCUACCACAGCCUCAACUUCAUUGUCGGCUGCAUCACGCACUCCGCGAUCUUGACCCCGUUUGAGAGCUGGCGCAUCACCCAUCGCCACCACCACAAGAACACGGGCAACGUCGACAAGGACGAAGUGUUCUACCCUCAGCGCGAAAAGGACGAGUACCCGCCUACUCGCCAGAUUGUGUACACCCUCGGGUUCUCUUGCUACGGGUGGCUCGUGGAUGAGCUAAGCCACAACAUCGGGACCCACCAAGUGCACCACUUGUUCCCAAUCAUCCCGCACUACAAGCUGAACGAAGCCACGAGCCACUUCCGUAAGGCGUACCCGCACCUCGUCCGCGUCAACACGGAGCCCAUCGUCGGCGCGUUCUUCAAGACGCUGGAUCUGUUCGUCCGUCACGGGAUCGUGCCUGAUGACGCCGAAGUGUUUACGCUGGGGGAGCGAGCCAAGGCGGCCAAGAAGGCAUUGUAA